GCGCGGGGGCAGCAGUCCUCGUGACGCAGCGCGCAUGCGCAAGAGAUAAAGGAAGCGGCGAUAGGAGGAGAGGAGGGAUAUCUCCCGGUUCUUUCUGAUCUGAUAUAGCGAUAUAUUGAUAUAUUGAUCGAGCUGAGGCUGAUGAUGGUGGAGAACUCUCCUUCUCCUCUUCCAGAGAGAGCGAUCUACGGCUUCGUGCUGUUUCUGGGCUCGCAGUUCGGCUUCUUUGUGUAUGUGGUCUGGGCUUUUGUUCCUGACGCUUGGCUUCACUCGGCCGGACUGACUUACUGGCCUCAGAAGUACUGGGCUCUGGCGGCACCCAUCUACCUGCUGGUCACUUUAAGCACCUGUCUAGUGCUGCUGUUCGGGGUGAACCUGAUGAACACGGCUCCGCUCGAGUCCGUCCACAACAUCACCGAUCACUACGCCAGGAGUCAGCGAGCGGAGGAGGAUCAGGACGGAGCCGUUCCCAGACUCCGAGACGUUCCCGUCAGCCAGAUAAGCCGCCUCUUUUACCUGGAGCCUGGCGCUUGCUGAGAUCCGUCAGGUGACCCGUGACCUGCCGUAGACCCGGUGAAACCCUGCGGGGGUCAGACCGUGACCCCUGUGACCUCAGGCUGAAGUGAAACGGUCAGCUCACUCACUAUCUGCUUCAUCUGCGCUGGGUUUGUGUUCCUGCAGACGCUGACCCUCGUGAGCAAACAGACGGGUGUCGGGUGACCUGUGACCCCGUGACCCCACGACCCCGUGACACAGAAAGACACUUUUCUCAUGUUUGUUCAGUGUAUUAGAAUACAAUGGCUUUUAUUAUACUGCAGAAACAAUAAUAUGAAGGAGUAAUGACAGUAAAGUAAUGCCACCGCUGACUUCUGUAUAGUUUAUUAUUGGUUUACACAAACUCUGUUCUGAUAUCUCUAUCAUUCAGCCUGUUUUAGAGUUGGUAUGCCGUUAUAGUUAUUAAUAAAUAGAGGAUGCAAAUGCA